AUUAGCUCUCGAGACAGAGGUGGCAGCAGCCAGCCUCACUUUCCCUGAAGACACUCGGAAAUAUGUUUAUAACUCUCAGUUUAGGACAUUAACCCGACAGCUGGUGUGAUGAAACACAGUGGAGUCGAGCAGUGAACGCAUCCUGACAGAAGCAGGUAAUGCUAGAUUCUUGUGGCUUCUGUUUUGUAACUAUAGCGAGGAAAUAUUUCACCUCUGUCCAUAAUUCCACUUCAUAGCCUAAAUGGAUUCCUAUCAUUUCCACUUCGAGAGAAUGAGUAACCUUGACCUACACCCUCUGAGUCUUCCGGUCAGUCGACUCUCACCAGCCAGAUCCACUAGCAGUAUUGAUAAGUAUACCCACCACCACGGCAAAGGGGACUCAGCCUAUAGCUCAUUCUCUGGUGGCUCCACGGUCCCUGAUUACCCUUCUCCUUUUCUACUGGACGAACUCCAGUCGCAAAGCUUGCACUACUCCGAUCUGAAAUGCGUGAAAGCUAAAUAUAGCCCAACCGGUCUUGAUUCAGAUUCCAAGAGCAUGGACCACAUUUACCGUUCCAUGGAAACAGUUGCACAGCAGCAUCACAGGAGCAGCGGUGACUUUUCUAACGUUGAAAAUCCGUCAGUUCAUAUGCAUCCAUUACCACCACCCCCACCACCUCCUACGCGUCUAAACAGUUUUGUAGCAACCAGGAACCUUGAAAACUCAAGGGCACGUCAGAGUCCAGAAGGACAACUUGCUGACAUUUCUACUUCACAACAGACCAGUACUCCAGAGGUCUCUAGUGUCCGGACUGAUGGUCGCACAUUUUCACAGCUUAAAGAUCACCUCAAGCAAGACCCAGGGGACAAGAUUCUUGAUCCACCAAAGCCUACAGAAGCUUUAAAUAGAUCACCCCUGCUAGCCUGUCAACCAGAGCACUUACAGCAGUCUUGGAGUGGCCAUUCAGAAAAUCAACGUAAGAGGUCUCAUUCAGCUUACGGUGGACCUGUUUCUGAGCAUCAGUGUUUCGUCAGCUCCUGCCAUAUGCCACAGAACAUGAUCAGUGGGAGUAUUCAGCACAAAGGACAAUUUUAUUUUGUUACUGGUGUCUUCAAGUCCUCCGAGCCCAGUGUCACGCAAGGUGUUGAUGACAGUGCAUGCAUGGAAACCUCUAGUGAGUGGUCAUAUAAAGCUCAACGUAGAAGGCAGAGCUGUCCUGAUGGUCCGAGUGGUAAGCUGUUUUUUCAAGAGGAACACAAAUUCAGCAUUCAGAAUGAAGUUGUGGAGCAUCCCAAUAACAAGGCAAUAAAGUCCGAGCAGACUUCUGAAGGUGUAGAGGACCAGAGGGUCAUGAGUAGAGAAACUGGAAGGCAUCACUCCAGCAGCCACCCUAUCUUCUACUGUGGUCCUGAGGACAAUUCAGUUGGUACAAUAAUGACCCCUGCUCUAAUUAAGGAAGACCAUUCCAGUCAUCCCAAGAAAGAAGAAGAGAUGACUAGAGUUUCAAAAUGGCCCCAACUGAAUAUUCCAAAUGACAAGAUCAGCAAGGAGACUACCCCACUUUUGUAUCACCUCACAGGAGCGAACAGGGCAACAUAUACCGGCAAGUUCAAAAACAAUAAUGAUUGUGGUACAGUGAUCAAGAAUCCGGACUCUGUCAAAGAUAAACAGAAAGUUGAAAACAAUGGGCAAACCUCUCCCAGCAGCGAAUAUCGGCAGAGUGAAAUGCCUAAAGAACAACCAAAUCAAUUCUUCUACCCAUGUAGUACGUUAGAUGACUCCUACAAAAAGUAUUACAAGGAGAAACUGAAAGAUGCCCAAUCCAAGGUUUUGAGGGAGACUUCUUUUAAAAGGAGAGAUUUGCAACUUUCUCGUCCACACAGGAUCAAGCAACAGACAGACAAAACUCUUGCUGUUGUACCUGCUGGUUCUCCAUCACUAGCUAUACAGUCCAACUUGGACAGUCCCACCCCGCAACUACACAACCAUCAAGCAGCAGACAAGGAGGACAUGAAAGAGCUUGGUCAGGAGAUUGAGAAGAUGACAGUUGAAAAAGAAACCGAGAAGCCACAGAAUGUUGCUCAACCACAGGUGCCUCGGUUAGGGUGUAGGAAGCGUUUGACAGCAGAUCAGAAAAAGCUGUCUCGCUCUGAGCCUGAGAAGCUGCACCAGCUGGCAGAUGGACCUGCUCAUAUGACCUGCCGCUCUCUUGGCAAUGAAUCUGAAGGUCUUCUCUUAGAGGGUGAUCACGGUCUAGUGGCUUCUAGGCGGAAGAUGUUUGAAACACGGGGCCGUGCUAUGUCUGCCUCCAACUUCUCAAAAUCAACUCUGAAGCACCUUCAGCAUAAAGCCUUGGUAGCAUACAUGGAACGUAAAACUGGUCAGAAGGUAGCUGAGCCCCAGUGUCCAGUUCCACAAGUUCCCAGCCACAGAAAUUCAACUGCAGAGAGGCAGUCUGAGUCGAGCUCCAGACGCAAUUCUGGUUCCAAGAAGCUCCACAGGCCUCUCUCUGCAGGGCAGAUUCUUGACUCCGUGUCAAGUUCUGUUAAAUACACCCAGUUCAUCACUGCCCAGCCCAGCCAUCACUCAAGGCAGUCCAGCUGGAGAGAGGAGUCCUCUACCGCAGGGAAUUCAGCCUCCAUGGAGAGUCUCCUGGACCAGCCUGAACAACCCAAGUUCUUACGGACUCGCAGCACCUCCACUCCCCAUGCUUUCCAGGUUCGGAAACAUCCAGAUGAGUUCUCAGCCAUUCAUAACAUUGCUAUUUCAAGUGUUCAAAGAAAAGUAGAGGAAGAUACAGUAGUGCAUCAUAGUCGUACAUCUUCUGUCCAUGAUGAGCGGCGGACACAAAUCAGAGCUUCCAGAGGGAAAUCUAUGGAGGAACUUGGUGUGUCCGUUGUCACGAGACCUGAAGUUCUCAGCAAAAGUUCAGAGCAGCUUGACCAACUUCAGGGCAAGCAGGCCAUGCCCGGUGCAGAGAAGAGAACUGUGUCAUUUCUUGCUGAAGGAAGGCACACACAGAAGAAGAUUCUCAAUGCUGGAGAACAUGCGGAUAACUCUCAGGCUGGCCCUGAGAACCUUCUCUUAACCAGUUCUGUAAAGCAUUUAUCCUCCAAUGAUGAUGAAAUCCAUAAAGCUUCACACAAUGGAUGUAAACAUAAAGUUCUGUCUGUGCCUGGUCAUUCCACUGAACCUGGGGGAAUCAAGCUGGAAGUCAGCAAGGAGCAGGAGGUUAAGAGUGAAACAUCUGUCUCUAGUCAAGAGUUUUCUCUCAGUCAUGGAGUCAGAACAGAUCCUAGUCAAUGGAUCUCGACUUCUGAGACUUCUGAAACGCCAACGUUUGCUGAACCCCAAAAUGCACCACCUGCCCCAUAUGGUAAGAAUGAAAUCUUACCCAACACAACACUACCUGGCCUUCAAGAGUCCAGCCUGGCACUUAAUAGAGAACAAGACCCAAAUAUAAAGAAGGAAGACGGCCCUCUUGUGACUGAAAUCAGGGUGCCAGAAGGGAACGGCCCAUUGGACAAACUGAAGUGGGAGGUGCUGGUUCAGGAAGUGGUCUCAGCUGACCAAUCAUUAGCUCGCACUCUUUACCCUAUAACCAAUAGGAAGACAGCACUCAUGCUGAUGGAGCAGCUGUUAUCUGAAGAUAAUCUUCUAAUGGAGGAACACUAUAAGAAAAAACAGGAGCAGAAGGUUAAUAACCCAGAAACAGCUGCACACAGCACUGCGAUGCCAGUUUGUGACAAACCGCCGAACCUUCCGUCAUCUGUGAACAAUGAGUCUGUUCUCUCAAACCAAAGAGAAGAACUGUGCAGCGCAGAAAUGGAUAUCACCGACAAGAAGAGACUGCUGAUGGCACAUAUUGAGGAGCGCUUGAAGUAUCUGGAGGAAGUCCGAUCCACCGUCCAGGGCGAGGUGAAGGAGAAUGGGGUGCGGGGCGACGCUAUGGAGGCCCUGGUGCGGGAGAGCUGUGUCCCAGCCGAGCUGGAGCGCUACACACAGUUUAUAGGAGACCUGGAGCGGGUGGUUAGUCUGCUGCUCUGCCUGUCAGCCCGUCUGGCCCGUGUGCAGAACGCCCUCAGCACGGCAGAUGACAGCAUGGACACGGAGGAGAAACAAUCUCUGGACAACCGCUACCGUCUUCUGUGCAAACAGAGGGACGACGCCAAAGACUUGAAGGACAACCUGGACCGUCGGGAGCGCAUGGUCUCCACCUUCCUCUCCAGGCAGCUGACGGACGCACAGCUGCAGGAGUACCGGCGCUUCAUUCAGACCAAGGCCUCCUUACUCAUUCGCCAGAAAGACCUUGAUGAGAAGCAGCGUUUAGGAGAGGAGCAGCUCGAGGCUUUACUCAGCAGUAUUCCUCCAUGAAACUGCACUGCCUGAAAGUGUCUGUCCAGCAUGGACCGUACUUACUUCGAGACUCUUGAUAUCUGCGCUCUGUAGUCGAGUUACGUCUUGAGUUGACUAAUGAAACCAUGGAAAGCUUUAUUUAAGAGCCCAGGAAUGGUUUAUCAGAUGCAUCACUCUAAAAUGAUGACCAAAAAAAGGACGAAAGAAGCACUUUUGAAAAAAACCUGCACAUACUCAUAUUCAUAAUUGAUUUCAGGGCUUCAUUACUGCUUUGAUGAACUUUUCAUUCAUUCCUUUUUGUCCUGUAAUUUCAUUUGACACUAUCAUGUUGAAUGUGUUUCAUGUUCGAGUACUUUACAAGAUUCUCUUUAAAGAUGCGUUUUGAAAGUCUGUGUUAUUGUACUGCUGUCGUUGCAUGUGUAGUGAGAGCACGAUUCAGCAGCAAAGCCCUUGAUGAUAACUUGCACACAUUUUCAUUUAUGCAUAUGGCAGACGCUUUAAUCCAAAGUGAUUUGCAUUGCAUUGAACCCAUGACUUAGGUGUUGCUAGCGCCUUGUUCUGCUGUUUGAGCUACAGAAAUGACUGAUGACGCAUACAUGUGAGCAAAUUGUGCUGUUUUCAGUGAGAUCAAACAAUUGUCCAGGAAUUUACCAGCAGUAAAACCAUGGUAAAAUCACUGAAAUGUUCUGCCACGAGUACCUUAUAAACCAGCAACAACAGCAAUAUGAUAAUUGUAAGAAACCAAUGUUCAAUUAAUAUUUACAUUUAUUAAUAAUAGUAAUAAUUGGAACUAGAUUUGCAUUACCGAUGGAAAUAACAUGCUUACAAAGCAGUAAAAAUACAACAGUGUUAAAGUUUUAGGUUAAAUGACAGUAAAACUAAAUAAACCUAAUGCAUAAAUUAAAGCAAUAUGAAAAGUUGAUCGAUACAACAAAAAAUAAAAUACCCAAAUCACAAUUGACCCUUCGCCGGGAGUUUGAUUGACAGGCGAUCUAACCAAUCAUAAUGCUGAAUCCGUCUUUUUGAAAUCUACAGUUAGUAGAUUUAAGUCGGUGGACUUAAACUUGAAAAAUGGUGUACUGACGUCUUUCCGCGGUUGAAACAACAUUCCUUCUGAUGUUCAUUCAUGUUUUAUUUGAUGCAAUAGAGAUGAUCCGUUCACGAGCCGCUUGAACUGAGGCGCUACAGCAUUAAAGAGCCACAAAACGGUAUUUAUUGUUUAAAUUUCUUUAAAAAUGAUCAAAUUUGAGACUUUGUUUCAUAUCAAAAGUAACCUGCUCUGUCUUGUCUGUCGAUACGUUGUUAGUUUGAUCUUUGCUCUUGAAUGUAUUUUUCACUGCGCGAGAUCAGCCUGGCUUGUCGGACAGAGCAACGGUCAAUUCAGUAUGCAAAUGGUCUUAAAAUGUAUUUUUUAAAACUUUACACAAGGUGGAAAUUAUCUACAGAACAAAGUUUGAAUAUAAUCUGCACAUUAAAUGGAUUGAUCUGAACCGGUUUCCCGAUGUAUUAAACAUUCAAUAUUAAGAUAAUGUUUGUUUGUUUGUUUGUUUAAAGUUAUCUGGUCUUUAAUAACAUUCUCAAAACAUUAGCACAAAAACAUUAUUUAUUCAUUCAGAGAACAUUCAAAAGUAACUUUCCCAUAAUGUUUUCUCUAAGCGUAACCACGAGAAAAAAAAAGUUUUUAUACGUUAGAGGUGCUGUGUAAGUUUUUGGACUGUAUUACAGCAUAAAAAAUACCAUUAUGUGUGCAGAUAUUUUGGAAACAUGCUACAUUAACACACUUGAAAUGUGCGUUCCGUGUCGGAAUGUCUGUCUUUGUUUUGGUUUGUGUGAUCCCGCCCACUGCUAAUUUACCCAAUAGUAUUUCAGCACCCCGGGUUGCCAGUUGGCGGAAAACACCGCGUAUUGCAGCCAUGGAAGCCAGCGGAAGAACUGGGUCAGAGAUCGCAGAUUCUACAAGACCUAAAAAGCAUCAGAAGAAUCCAUCUAAAAAUCUCUGAGAGGCAUAUUAAAACACAGAUAUAUUAGCUGAUCAACUUAGUGUAAAGCUUGUCUCCUUGCAUUGUCAACUGUGCUCGUUCCUGUUGCGUGUCCUCAAUCUGGCAACCCGCGUGAGAGUCGAGUCUGAGGAGGAACGGCGGAAAAAAACAACUCUCCAAUAUUUUGAAUUUGGACUGCAGUACCCAUUUCAACCACUAGCUGUCAAUAUUACAUAUUGCACUUUUAAUGAAAAUAUUUUUGUUGGCUACACAGAAACUACUAAUCUGUGUUCAUGAAUCCACAACUGAUUCAGAUUAGCUGCUUUGUUAGAUGCUUCCCUCAAUCAAGUGUUUCAAAAACGUAAAUGUUUUGAACUGAUCAGGGUUAAAGUGUAUUAAGGGGUUAAAGUGUAGGCCUACUUUGCACUUUGACUGGGAACAUCCAUUACUUCCGUCUAUUACAGUACUUAUUGUUGACACGUUCACAUUGCAGAUUCAUGUCAGUGUGUGUUGUGCACUUUACAGUCAUUCAGUGCUUUAAAAUUGAACAUUGUCAAGGAAAUGGAACUCUCAGAAAUGUUUUCUCGGCUCUAGAUCCACAUUUUCAUUAGCUUUUCUUGUGGAAUACAUGAACAUUUGGCUUCUCGGUUGGUUAAACAAAUUAAAGUUUGUUUUGGCCUUUGGGCAGAGGGCGAUUCCUAGUCUUUUCUGUCAAGAGCUCAUGUUUAAAUGGCUUGAAGAAAUGUGUAAGUCACAUGAAAACAUGGAUGCGUUCUUGAUCAUCAGAAACUGUCCUGUCAUUAAUACCACCAUUAUCCAUUUCAUCUGGAAUUGAUCGAUCAGAUUGUGCUUUGAAUGCUGGAUGUGGAUUUAGAGACUGUAAAUAAGCGUUUGUCCACUAUCGGUGUGCUGUGAAUGUUAGUUCAUCAGUUUUGCUGCCAUCUUGUGGUUUUGUUAAUGUGGGAUGCAUGAGUUCCAAUUACUUUUGGUUUAAUGAAUAAAGUGUGUAAAUGGAA